CGUCCGGAGUGACGUCACCCUGGCUGUCUCCAAAGCGUCGCGCGGCGUGGUGCGCUCGGCCAGUGUGCAUCCCAGGACGCGACACCAGUGGAGCCGGCGCUCAUCUUCCAUCGGAUCGCUUCACUUCGGACACUUUGGGAAACUUAAACAACCAUGGGUUGCUUCGAGUGCUGCAUCAAAUGUUUGGGCGGCGUGCCGUACGCGUCGCUGGUGGCGACGAUCCUCUGCUUCUCCGGCGUCGCCCUGUUCUGUGGCUGCGGCCACGUGGCUCUCAGCGGCACCAUGGCCAUCCUGGAGACCCACUUCUCCACGGUCACCAGUGAUCACGCCCUGCUGACUGACGUAAUACAGCUGAUGCAGUACGUCAUCUAUGGCAUCGCUUCGUUCUUCUUCCUGUACGGGAUCAUCCUGCUGGCAGAGGGCUUCUACACCACCAGUGCAGUCAAAGAGCUGCACAGCGAGUUCAAGACCACCAUCUGCGGACGCUGCAUCAGCGGAAUGUUCGUGUUCCUCACGUACAUUCUGGGCGUGGCCUGGCUCGGCGUGUUCGGCUUCUCCGCCGUGCCGGUCUUCCUCUUCUACAACAUGUGGUCUUCCUGUGCCACCAUGAGGUCUCUCACGGCCAACCUCACCAACAUCGACUCCAUCUGCGUGGAUGUGCGUCAGUAUGGAAUCAUCCCAUGGAACGCCACGCCUGGCAAAGCCUGUGGAUCCACGCUAGGUGACAUCUGUAACACCAACGAGUUCUACCUGUCUUAUCACUUGUACAUCGUAGCGUGCGCCGGGGCGGGAGCCACCGUGAUCGCUCUGCUGAUCUACAUGAUGGCUACCACUUAUAACUUUGCUGUGUUGAAGUUUAAAAGUCGAGAAGACUGCUGCACUAAGUUUUAAACUGUUUUUACGAGCGCAGUACAGCAUUUGAGGCCGUACUCCAUAGAGGCAGUUACCACUGACAAAAGUUGAACUAAAAAAAAAACAACAACCUGGAAAUAGGAAAAACCAACAUGUCUCCAUUAGUAAUCACAUGACGUGUAAAUAGCUCAGUGUAGGCUUCCUUCAGUAUUUGCUGCCCAGGGAUUUUGAUUGUCUGAGGACGACUGGCAUUGUUUUCCAGAUUUGGGGGGGGGGGGGGGUUGUUGGCUGGUUUGUUCUGCUUUCUUUGGCACUCACGUAUAGGAUUUUGUUACCAUCAGAUUUUACAGAAAUGUGCACGGCUAGAAAUCCAGAUCGGUUCUUUUUUCUUCUUAUUUCUUAUGCUUGAAGCUGAUUUUGACCUUACAGUAUCUAGUGUCACAAAAUGUUGAGGCACCUCUGGAACUCUAUGUGGCGGUUUUGAACAGGCUGUGAGACACAACCUGAGAUAUGAUCCAUGAUGAACACGAGAAACCAGGCCCAAGUCUGAUGACAAACAUCCAAUGGGCUCUCAUGCUCUGUUUUUGAAUUCCAGAUUAUCAGGUUUGGUCAGAAUGAAUUCUAGCGACAUCUGAAAAAGGACCAGUUACCGAGGCAACGUGUCCUGUCCUUACAUUACCUUGGUUUCUAUCCUUAGCCUUAAAAUGAUGGCACUGACUCAUGAAACCACGAAGUGUUGCUCAGAAACAAUAUUCAGUAUUAUUUCUUUUGUCUUAAACUGAACUAAAACCCUCUCAUCAACUUAAUUCUGCUGAUGAAUAUGAUGGUGAUCAGUUGCGUUUAUUGUAGAUUUCAAAGUAACACACACCUAGCACAGCACACUAUGGAGGGUUAGGCCAGUACCAGGGGUAAACCUCUGCAUGAGGCCCUAAGCCUCAUUUUAAUUUCAUGUAUUUUAUAAAUAAAUAAGAAAUGAUCCUAUUUUAGAGAUGAAUAAAUGUUUUCCUUGAGGGCUGAUGCUGGAAGAGCCUCAGCUAUGAAGUUGUCGUUUGGUUUCCUACAUUUUCCUUUUAUUCUUUCACCAAGUGCCAUUUAAGAGCUGUUCGUUAUCUUAACACUGAGCCUGCAUGCUUACGUUUUUCAGAUACUUUGAUCUGUUUUUAGCGACUUAUACUCCAUAUUUCAUAUAUUUAAUUUUCUCAGUUUUUUGGAAGACUGUAGCUUUUACUUUCUAUAAAAAAUAAACAAUCUUUGUUUACAAAAGCA